AUGUUAAAAUUUUAAAGAAUCUGUCUAAGAUAAUUUAGUUAAAAAAAAAUAUUAACAGAUGAACAAGUAAAAGAGGGUCUCAGACCCAUUUUAAUGAAAGAAGGCUACUUUGAAGAUGAUUAAUACUUAUAUUACAUUGACAGAGACUAAAGAGUCAGAAAAGUGCCUAGAGAGUACUAAAAGAGAGAGUAAAUAGCAUAUAUCUAUUUCUUCUUAGUGGAGUUUAUAGAGUCAAGUUUCUUGAACCCAUUUAUAGAUGGUGGAUACGCAGAUCACCAGACACUUAAUUUGCAAUAAUUCCUUACUUUUUGUCUGCGCUCUUCUUCACUGUGAUCUACAAUGGAGCCAAUUUCAUCAUUGAGAGAGAAGAUCAAAUAGUGGAAAAGGCCAAGGUAGAUCCAAAUUUCAAUAAAGAAAACCUUGAAAAAUGGAGAACUGAAAAGCAAAAAUAACAAUGAAAUUAAUAACCAAUAUUAUUA